AUGACCACUUCAACUUCCAGGGCCGCUACACCACCGAGUCCUGCCUACUCGGUAGCUGGGACCCUCAACGAGACAAGGGACUCUCACCACGUCGGUUCCCAGCAAAAGCCCGACCCUGAACGUGUGAGGAACCUCUCAAGGUCGUUCGAUAUUGAUAUGAUGCCCGAUAACGAUAACGGGACAUUGCCAGCUGCCAUCACUAACACGGACGCCACCUGUCCCGAUUCGGACAGGAGUCAAGACAAUGGGCGCUGCUUGGACCUCGCAUCUAGUUCAACAUCAACAUCAACACCCAGUUCUGCCCCCCAAAUGGCCUCGACUGAGGAAUCCCCAGUCCUCUCUGGGCGUAACUGUUUUGUCACCAUCGGCUCGAUUGCUUCUUUCCUGCCUCUUCUCGAGCAGGUCAUCACUGGCCCUUUCCUCACUCACCUACAGGUCGCCGGGUUUAAGAAGUUGACGGUCCAAUGUGGUCCUAACCUUGCUUGGUUUGAGACUCAACUCGAGGCCUUGCGCUCAGGGGAGUUGCUGGCAGACUUGCAGGUGGAGUGCUUCUCCUAUGCUCCUGUUCUGAAGCCUUAUAUGCUGGAAUGCCGUGGCGAGCAAGGCAAGAGCUUGGCAGGGUGCGUCAUUGCGCACGCAGGUGCGGGAACCAUCCUCGAAGUCAGAAGAUAUGGGGCUCCCUUGAUUGUGGUGCCCAAUCCAACAUUGAUGGAUAAUCACCAACUGGAGCUUGCUGUGGAGGUGCAAAGGCAAGGCUGGGCAGUUCAUGGGAAGGUUGACAACCUCCCCCAUGCCAUUGACAAAAGGAGUUUGAGCGCAAGAAACACUUGCUGCAACUGGAGUCGCUUGACAAGAGACAGGAAACCCGGGAGAAAGCUGGAACUGGGGCUGGCAGCUCAACUCUUGACGCCGCACGGAUGCAACUGGACUAGAAAUCCAACAGUGAUGGCAGCGGUGACACAGUGUCGGAAAUCCAAAUUGGACAGCGUGAUGUUGCCGUUGUGGUGA